GUCGAUCUAUACGACGCUAGGUACGGCUACAGUGCCGUACCACGACUAGUACGCAGGUUUCUGGCGUCUGGCACAAACGUCAGCUCUCGCCAGUCCGGUAUAAGAACGCAACGCGGCCGCAGAAAUGACGCGCGCCGUGCUUUUUAUAAGUGUAUUUACCAUAUUUUUGGACGUGCUCCAUGCUGGACAGGCAAGCAGUGGGGCAGAACCCCAGGUAGCCGUCCUCUGCGAAGCAGGCGGCACCUACCACCCACAGUACAUGUCUGCUGCCGGCCGAUGGACUCCCGACCUCACUACCAAACCCCACAACUGCCUCAAGGACAAGAUGGAAAUCCUCGAUUACUGCAAGAAGGUGUACCCGAGCCACGACAUCACCAACAUCGUUGAAGCUUCCCAUUAUGUGAAGGUCAGCAACUGGUGCAAGCUGGGGACUGGUAAUGCGGCCAAGUGCAAGGUCACGCGAUGGGUGAAGCCAUUCCGUUGUCUUGAAGGUCCAUUCCAAUCGGACGCGCUGCUGGUGCCUGAAAGCUGUCUCUUCGACCACAUCCACAACCAAUCCCGGUGCUGGCAGUUCGCGAGGUGGAACGCCACAGCUGGUCGCGCUUGCUCUCAACGAGGACUGAAACUGAGGACUUUUGCGAUGCUCCUGCCCUGUGGAAUUAGUCUAUUCUCUGGCGUCGAGUUUGUCUGCUGCCCAAAGCAUUUUAAGGAAAAUGUAAAGAUGCACAAGCCCAUGGAUGUCGGAGUGCCCGUCAGCCCCGGUGGCGAAGAAAUGCUUGCGGCUUCAGCGGCGAUGGAUGAGCGUGACGAUGACCUUUUGGAUGAUGAUGAUGCUUUAGAUGACGAUGAUGAUGACGACACCCUGAACCUUAGCGACGAUGAUGAUGAUGACGACGCUGAUGACGAUAUGGAUGAAGAAGAAGACGCAGAUUUGUCUCGGGAUGACGAUGCCGAGGACGACGACUACACUGACGGUGACGAUAACUCCUGGCCUCGUCCUGAAACAUCUUCCCAGCCGUCUACCACCACGACCACUACCACUACGACCACGACUACUACGGCUUCAUCCGCUACCUCCGAUCCUUACUUCUCGCAUUUCGACCCUCGCACUGAACACCAGAGUUACAAGGACGCUCAGCAAAGGCUGGAAGAGACUCACCGCGAAAAGAUCACGAAGGUGAUGAAGGAAUGGUCGGAGCUGGAGGACCGGUACCAGCAAAUGAUGAACAAUGACCCCACAGCCGCUCAGACUUUCCGCCAACGUAUGACUGCCAAGUUCCAGUCUAACAUUCAGACUCUGGAGGAAGAAGGUGUAGCUGAGCGUCGUCGUUUGGCCGCUCUCCAUCAGCAACGAGUCCUGGCUCACCUCGCUCAGCGUCGCCGCACUGCCCUCGCCUGCUACACUCGCUCCCUUCGGGAUACCCCACCCAAUGCUCACCGCGUCCAGAAGUGCUUGCAACGCCUGGUCCGUGCUUUGGCAGCUGAGCGCAGUGGAGCUCUGGCCGCGUGGCGCCGCGCCGCCGCCAACGGACGAGAGGCCGCCGCCGCUGAGCGAUCCAGUGCUGCCGACCGAUUGCAGGAUGCCGACCGAGCUCUUCAGCGCGCCCUCUCUUCUCUCCGCCGCCGCCCUCACCUGUACGCUAGCAUUGGAACUGCUAUUGAAGACUAUGUUCAGUCGAUGCAAUCCAAGGACGAUAUGGCUGUGUCCCUGAUGUCAAUGACUCCUGAAGCUGAGGAACUGUUGCUGGACCGCAUUGAAGCUGAAGUACAACGAGAACAGGCCGCCCGUGAUCAGCUCAACGCUAAACGUGACCAGCGCACUCGACAGCGUCAAGAUAUCCAGAACGAACGGGCUAAGACCUCAAACGGUGUGAAGGAGAGCUUAGAAGCUGAUGACGAGGCGAGUGAAGCAAGUGAGGUCGAAGACAUUUCAUCCAGCAGCACUCGAGGACCGGUUCCCUCUGCUUCUGCUCCUCCAUCCCCAUCCCCAUCAGCGUCUGCCAGCGCAUCACCAGUACCAUCUGCAGCGUCAGUGACACCACAUGACAUCACCACUCAUGCCCCCUUCUCACAGGAUACUACUACUACUGAAAUCAUAACCAGCACGGUGACUGACGUACCAGAGAGCGAGACUGCUGAAACCGGUGAGAUCAGCGAGACUUCCAGCCGACGAUCCACCAGCGAGACGGAGGGCGAAGGCCUGCGUGCCGCCCUGGAGCACGCGGAGGAACGCGCGCCCCCGCCACCUGCGCAUGCUCUCAAGCAUGAGCUGCAGCACUCGCAGCCUAGUUACACCGUCCGUGGAUCGGGUAUGUCUAACGGCGGUGGGUCAGCGAGUGCGCUGUACCCCGCGCUGUGCGUGGGCGGCGCGGCGCUGGCGGCCGCAGCCUGCGUCGCGCUCGCAGUCGCCCGUCGCCGCGACCGCGCGCCACCCGCACAGGGCUUCGUACAGGUGGAGCAGACCGGAGCCGUCGCCCCUACCCCUGAGGAGCGACACGUAGCCAACAUGCAGAUUAAUGGCUACGAGAACCCGACCUACAAGUACUUCGAGGUCAAAGAGUAGAUUCCCACCCUUACAUCCCUCCCUCCCUCCACCUCUACCCUCGCUAGGAGUGCGCGGCUUGUCACGUCCGACCAAGUAGCUUGACUCCAUGUAUCAUCAAGUCUACUUCGGACAGGAGUGUUAUAAAAUGUUGUGGUGUCCUUUCGGCCAAUUCUUUCGUCUACGUCCUCUGUUAAUUCAUCAGCGUCCUGAACUUUGAAUCUCAUCAUGAAAUCAUCAAACUAAUAGUACAGUACUCGGACGCCGAUGAAGUCUCACAGCACGUAGACAGAACUUCCAAAUUCUUGUGAUGUGUGCUAGAUGCCCCUAGAGACAGGGUGUUUUUCUACCCUACACCUUUAUCUAUUGUCCUCAGCGUAAUUCUUUAUGGAAUGAAUGUGUGUGAAACUUAUAUAUCGUCCGGCGAGGCCGCACUCCCGGCGGGGCAGGCCCUUUGUUAUAAACAUUCAUUUAUAAAGCUUGUGUGAUUAGUGGGAAUAUUCGUUUGCGGUAACGCGGUCAGUCAUACUGUUAAGGUUAGAAGUGAUAACGGUUUAUUUUUGUUAUUUAUUUUGCACCAAAAUAUUUAUUAUUAUUUUAAGGACUUAGUACUAAGUUAUUUUGUCUAGUGUCCUAGAAUUCAUAAGUGUCACUGUAGUCGAGUUUUUUAAAUUAAGUUUUUGAUGCCGCUCCCGCAGUGGUGACGUCCGACGGGCCCCUUGGUCCCGCGGUGCGUUUUGUUACUCGUUACUCGAAUGAUCUCAGUUUUAGUCUGUCUAUCGUUUAGCUAUAGUUUCCCUGUUCGGUUCGUUGAAUGUUACUACUGGGGUGAGUGGAACAAACGUCCAUGGUACGCUGUGUAUAUAGGCUCCGCGUACAAAUUUGAACCUAAAUUACUUACACUUAACGCCCGCUUUCAUUUACUUUUCUAACGUAGGUAGAACAUAACGUGAAUUUUAUGUAAUAAAUGCGAAAAUAUAUUUUAAUAAUUAAUGUGUACUUAGCGAUGGGACGGGCGGCAUAGCCGGCGCGGGUGAACGAUUCUGUCUUUGAUUACUCUGCAGCAUUCCUCCAAGAUGAGUUAGUGGGUAUAAGUUGUGUCUGGUACCGUGAUGGUCGCUAUGUAUCCUUUCCGUUCGCCCGCGGGACAAUACCAAGUUCCCGACGUGAGAGACCGCCGUGUACUCAACGUGCGUUUAGUGAAUAGAGUACAGCAGUGCGCCCGCAGAGUUCGUGUCGUGCCGACGUUUGUGUAUCUAGUCAAGGCGCCACAAGAUGUCUACAUUUGCCAGUUUCUCGACAAACGGUUGUGUACGCACCUUGGGUACGCGGUCGCGAGGCAAGUAAGCUUAGUGAGUGUAUGUACGGUUAAUAUAUAAGUAGAUGUACAAAAAGUAAUACAUUAUAUAGAUGUUUUAGCGUCAGAUACAUAGAUAUAAAGCAAAAUAUAAUUAUAUAUCGCAUUCGUCCGUAUAAAGUAAGGGCUUGCGCUCGUGUCUAAUCCCACGUACCACACUUAAUGUUACGUCGUAGUUAAGAUGUAAUUCUGCCUCAGUAUUAUAUACAUUUAAGCUUAUUUGUUACAUAAGCUAAUUUAUAUACACUAUUUCUAUUUGUUUACGGGCGUAGUGGCGUUACUACAAAUGAAGUCAUAUCAGAUGCGCCACGGCGCUCUGUUGCUCCUAUUUCGCUGCGCAUGGCAAUUUGCGGAGAUCGAGUAUAGAUGGCGUUGUUAUUAACAAUGUGGCUCGCGGUUUAGACCUGAUGGUGACAUUCGUCUCGCAGCGAAAGAGGUGCGAGUAGGCGCCCGCCCGUGCUUAUCGUAUGGCAUUUACGUAAGUUACUCACUGUGUAUAAUGUAAGUUUAAUCCCGCAACAAGUAACCGCUAUGUAUUUUUAAUAUCGCUCCUUUAAUCAUAAAACGAAAUAACUCAAAAUUCAAUUUUUUUGGGAAAACUCAUUUAAAGUUUGUCAUGUUUACCAUUGUGGCUUUAAUUAACCACAAAAAAAUAAAAAAAUGGUUUAGGUCAAUUUCAAAAGUAGAUAUAGUUAGCCUAAUUAAUAAACUACAAGAUCAUUAAAAAAAAAAAACAUUUUUUGUAUCAGGAAGACAAUUAAAUCAAGAAUGCAAAAAUAAGUUCGUAGUUAAUUCACUUUAAAAUAAAAUAUUGUAAUCAAAUAAUUAUCAUACAGUCGGGGUAACUGUAAGUGUAACAGUUUUUUAUUAAAAUAAUCUUGCAAGUAGACGAAGUAUUUCGAUUUAGUGCAUUGUUUAACUAAGAAGCAUUAACUGUCUGAAAAAUAUUCCUAAUUGUUUCUGUGUUAGUUUUAAUUUACAAAUAAAAUGUAUGGAUUUCUUAGUAAAAAAAAGACAUUUUUGUUUAUUUCUUCUUUUUAUUCACGAAAAUCAAGAAAUUGUAAUCAAUCAAUAAGUACCUACUACUUAUAGCAAAAAAAAAACUAAAUAACAAUAAUGACAUUGAUGACAUUGUCAUAAGACAUAGAUUAUAUAAGUCACAAUCUAAAGUUCUUUCACGAAAUUAACAAAAUACAAAAAAAUUAUUAAAAAUCAAAAACUGUAUUAAUAAUCAGACUUCAAUUCUGACUGUAUCAAUAUUCAGACUCUUUUGUUUUUAUUAUCAGCAAAAAUCAACUAAAAUUGAGAUCAAAUCUUAAUCAAAACACCUUAUAAAUUAUUAACUUAAAAUAUCGAAUUAUAAAAUCCUGCAUAAAAAGAAGGGAUCAGAGCUUUUGUGAUAAGCUCUUUUAAAUCUUUUUUUUUAUUCGCACUAAUCUCCAGUUUCUUGGAAUAGGCUUGCUGUAGUGAUAUUUCUGUUAGUGCUUUCAUUUUUUUUCUUUUAUUUCUAACAUCAACUUCCUGGUAGUUUACUUGCUUAUAAGACGUUUUAUAGAAAAAUACGGUAGGGUUUUGUUUGCAAAUUUUUAAAAUUUUUAUUUCGUUCCAGUUGACAUUCUGUCCAUCACUAUUUGUUGUAAAAUUAUAACCCCAUUCUUCCUGUAAAAUUUUAAAAUCAUAAAAUGAUUCAUAAUUCAUUUCAUGCACCAUCAAUGGAGGUUUCGAUUUUUUUGCAUUCUUUAUAAGAGGUAUGUACUGUUCGGGUGUAUAAAUAGGACCAGAUUUUAAAUUCUUCUUCACCUCCCUCUCGAUGAGGCUAUGGACGCUAUCAGCCUCGUUUUGUGUAUGACCCCGUAUUAGAAAUUUAUGUUUUAUAGUUUUUAUGUUUAAUGUUUGAACUGCAUAUAAAUACAGUGAAGUAAUGUAUUUAUUUUUGUUCUGCCCGCAGCAGUUGUCGGAAUAAAAUAUAACUUCCUUUUCAUCAUCGUCUUCAUCGCUUAAUGCUUUCAAAUAUGCCCAUAUACAUGAGCCGAUCUCAAUGGCGCCACGUUUUGCGUCACUCUCCGACCAAAAAUAACAAUGCACAUUUUUAUAUGCAUCAUUACAGUCGCUUCCAGUAAGCUCCGUCACUGUUAAAUUAUAACAAUUAAGUUUAGACUUAUAAUAAAAAGAGGAAGUAUCACCUUUUGGGCACUGCAAUACUGCCUCUAAAUCAUAUACAGCUACUCUGAAGUUUUUAUUGACUUUCAUGCGAUCAUUCAUCUUCUCGAGCCUACUACAAUUCUUCUCUUCCAAAUGAGUGUUAUAUUUUUCUUCUAUGUCUUUCUUUUGAUCAGCAUUAGAAUUAUAGUAUGAGUUGCAAAGAUCACAUUGAUCCUUCUUAGGUUGGAAAAAAGAGAGAUUAAAUUCAGAUGUAAAUAUUUUAUAAUAUGUUAUGUAUGUACCUGCAUCUUUAUUAUUCUUUUCUUGGUUUUCUUUAAAAUCGUUGUAUAAAUCUUUUAUAGUUUUGCUGCCUUCUAUGUAUUCCUUUGUAGAUGAAGCUCGUACGUAGUGAGAUUCAAUUUUAGGGAUAGAAUUUAUGUGUUGUAUGAUCGCAGCUCGUAAUUCGGGAUCAAUUUUUUUAUGAUUUUGAUGUCUUCCUCUAAAAUCAUUGAGUGAAAAAUCAUUAUCCUUUAUUUUAUUCUGUGUCGUCAAUAUCAUACGGUUUGAGAUGUCUAACGUGGCUUUAUAAAAAGUUUUGCAGACCCUAAUCAUAGUUUUCAAUCAUUUCUGGGUCGUUCAGAGUUCGUGUACUUGUAUUUUGGCUGGACAUCAAUCAUGCUUGCACUUAUGAAUGCUCUUUGUUUCGCCAAAUCCCCCAAAUCCCAAAACUUCCGAAAUAAUUCGUAUCUGCUGUCUCUGUUUAUUUUUGUGGUGCAUUUAAGCCUGCAUUUUUCUGAGCAAGGUUCUUUGAGACAUCGGGCUGGAACAUUCUUCCGAGUUUUGGACAUAGAAAUAUACGUUUUGCCCUUAUUACGUAAACGUUUCAUUUUAUUUUGUUUCCAUUGAGAUGGUUUUUUUGAACGUUUGCGUCCCUUUUUUGGAGUAAUACGUGAAUUAGAUGAACUAGUAGAAGAAGAGCUUGAGUCGUAAAAAAUAUAGUUCCUUUUUCUUCUGUUUUCCAUGAUUGUAAAGGUCGGAUCUGUAUCACUGAGGUCUAUAUCACUUUCGUCGGUAUAAAUUGGAGAUGAGUAAUAACUGGUUGAGUUCUCCCUGGGAUGACGAUUUUUUUCCUGAAAGAAAAAUUAACAUUAAAAUUUAAAUGUAAGAUGAAAUAACGGCAAAUAAAAGUUUUUAAACUGUCAUAGUCAGUAACAUUAUCAUUAACACUAGAAACAAAAAGUAAACAUGCUAAAAUAUCCCACAUCUAGACUAGUGUUAAUGAUAACGACAAGACGUGUUGGUCUUUUUAUGGCACCAUUAUAACUUACAUUCCUUCUAUUCUCAAAAUGCUGCGGAGGAGUAUUUUCAAUAACUUCACUGUCGUCUGUUUCAUUAACAGUUACGUGGUGUCUAGCAGUUCUUGCGAGUGACCGAGUGUUGGUUGAGUGCGAACUAUCCGAGUCUGAACUUGAUGACGAUGAGCUCGAGGACGAACUUGAAGUUGAUGAAGAUUGACGAACAGUAUUUUCUUCAUUUUUGUUUUCUGCUUCAGUAGUUGUGUAUCGUGUAUCUUCAUGGUCAGACAAGCUAAUGUCACUAUCAGAAUAAGGUACUAGGUGUUGAAAAUGAGUUUUCUGUAAUUAAUAAAUGUAAAAUUUAGAUAAGUAGGUACUUACUAAAUAUUUUUACAGGAAUAAAUAAACUAAGUAAAAUUUCAGUUUACUAAUCUAAAUGAUAUCAUUAUGUUAAUAAUUUAAUCAUCAUCAAUUUCUACUUACUGGUAUAGCUACUUCAUUUGUUUUUUCAAAGUGUUCUAUUGAUUCCGCUAUUGUUUUAUCCUCCGUUUCAGUAGGGAUAUUAUGUUCAUUUUGUACCUAAAAUAGUAGAUCAAAAAUAUAGUUUUAAUAAUAACAAAUAAAUAACGUGGUUUAUUGUAUUAAGAAUAAUGUCCUGAGUGCAUGCUGCUAAUAAGAAUCUCUUAAAAGGAAUACCUACUACUUUAAUCGGGAAUCGGACCAGAAGACUUGAGACUAUUAUAAAAUUACCCAAAACCGCGCUCUACGUGAUACUGGUAACGUACCCCGCACACACCUCACCAUGCCAAGCACGACGCACGUGUAGCACCCGCGAGUUCGAAGAAUAAUCGUAAGAAAUUUCGGAGAACUCAUUUAUGUAGUGGAGUUAUAGGUAGACAAAUCGCAGUUUUAUAAAUUAAACACUUGAAUAUAGGUAUUUGUAAUCUGCAAUAACAGUAAUUAUUAAUUAGGUAGGUACUCACCUCGUUGUUGGAAUUCAUAUUGCUAUUAUUGGGUUUCUCAUAUUCUAACUCAUAGUCCGGUGAAGUUAUAGUAUUUUCACAAUCCGGUGUUGAAUUUUCCGCCAGUAAACCCAAAAUUCUUCGUGCCCUUGAAGACUUCAUUCUAAAACAGGACAAAGAAUAGGUACUUGUAUUAAUUAAACUCCUUUCAAAUCCUCCACAUCACUCUAAAGAAAAUAAAAAUACCCUUGUUAUUGUUUAAAUUUACUAACGACACUCAUUAUUUUAAUAAAAUAGUAAAAUAACUCGAAAUGAAAACAAAGUCAUAACUGACAAAUUAACAGUAAACAGAAACAAACCAAAAAAAUACUAAGUUUUUGAUAAACCAUAGUACAAUACUGGAAUAAUACAUAAUUCAAUUUAGAUUUGCAUACGCAUUUUAUUCUAAAACUGCAUCAACUUGAAAUGUAUCGUAAUACGGUAUGAUAAAAUUAAUACAAAACUGAAUUAAGUCAAAAUACUAUCGAAACAAAUUAUGUCUACUUUUCUAAUAAAGAGAAAUAACUCAAACAAAUUCACUUUUUGAAUAAAUAAAAGCUUAAAAAAUAAUUACCUGAUAGCAAAACACUGAUUCUUUUCGUUUUACUCCGCUUUUUUAAAUUUCUUCCGAGAUCUUACCUUGAGCAAAGUCGGUGCAUCACUGAAGGGAUCACUUUACCGGUACCAACUUGUUCGAGUGCAUUAAUCAAAAAGAGAACGACUGUCUUCUAUCUCCGUCAUUGUCAUCAUAUUGAGUUGGCUGUUAGACUUACCGUAUUCUCCAUGUGAAGUUAAUUCACUUUAUGAUAAAAAGUCGAAAAUCGUAAAUUUUGAGUUGUUUCGUUUUAUGAUUAAAGGGGCGAUGAUGGUAACGAGCCGACCACUUAUUUUUUUAACAAAACUUUUUGCUCAAAAUCAGCUGUUUCUCGUCGGUAUAGGAUGUCUACUUUCGACCGAUCUAAAUUUAUUGUCGUUCGUCAACAAUAUUCGAUGUUAGUAGUACCUAAAACCUGGUUUCUGUACCUUUUCCAAUCACUGUUUCACGUAUUUUAAUAAGUAUUCUACAUAAUAAUAAAUGGUUUGAUGAUUUUUGUGUUUACUAUGCUGCAUUUUAUUGUGAGUUCGAAGUUCAAAUUGAAUCAAUAAAU